UGAACCAAUCUGCUCAAACAUAAUCGACACAACAAACAAGCUUUUAAUGGAUAGAUUGCAAAUCAAACGCGAUUAUACAUGGAAUCCCGUCACUAAUGAGGCUACAAAAUAUAUUGAUGAAUUAAUCGAUAACUCUGAUACUCGCUAUAAAUUCCGUAGCAAACUUCAACUUCCAUUUGUUUCACCAGAUGAAACAUAUUCAUUUAGCAAACACUAUGAAAUACAUUGGGUCCAUCGUUUUGCUGACAAACUAUCAUUGUUUUUUGAAGCUCCACGAAAUCCGCUCUUGGAUAAAAACUCCGAAGGUUGGCUGAAUUGUCAUGUCUUGACUCCGUUGAUUGAUGAUUGCUUUUUGACGUGUGAGGAAAUUCAAAUUCAUCGAGGUGAAGAGAUAUCGUUGGCAUCUACUGAACGUAAAAACCUAUUAAGAGAUGAUUCAGAAACAUACGUUGACGAAGAUCCACAAAACUCCAAACCGAUUUCCUACAAGCAUAAAAUUUUGCGAGAAAUGAAGGAUCAAUUAGACCGUCUCUUGAAGAGGUUAAAAUUUACGAGGGAAACAAUUAAAUGGAUAAAGAACAUUGUUGUACAUGGAAUAAAUCAAGGAGGUCUUAACGGAAAGAUCUAUGCAAUGUACUAUGAUAAUGACCUUCAAUAUUAUUUCGUUUUUGAGACAUGUCGGUAUCGGAUCGGGACUACGUGGGGAAGUAUUCCGGAAAGCCUUAUGUCUUUAAAAGAUAUUCUGCGCUUAAAGGAAGAUAUAAACAAUGCUCUUGAUAUUGUUAAGAAAAUAAAAUUAAUUGCUUUACGCACAAAGUCAGAGGAUUUAUUUACAAUAGAUAAUCUCCCAGAAACAACACUAGUUUCACGAUGUGAUGAUACCCCAGUAUCUGAUAUAUCUGAUAAUGCUUCAAAUUCUAAUGAAUCCAAUAAUUUUCCGGCAUCAGAUGUAUCCGAUGACACUUCAAAUUCUGGUAAUACUCCCGAUCUCUCGUCUGAACAUAUCCUAGCACAAUCUAAAUUACCAGAAGAUAUUAUCAAUGAUGAUACAGCUGAGAUCCUUAAUUUUGUAGAAACGAAAUAUAAAGAACGUGUUAGUGAAGAGAUAAUGGAGAGAAUUAGGGAAAAGAAACUUCGAGAUCAAAAUUUAUCUUUGGAUAACGAAGUCCCAUUGCAAGGCAAUAAUAAUUCAUCAUGUGAUUCUGAGUCCAAAUCGCCUACUAAUGUAUCGCCUAAUCAGAGAGCAUACACGGAAGAGACUGGACUAGAUCCUUGGAUAAAGUCUGAAACUUCUGAAUCCCCACAAAGCGAAAAUACUGAUAAUCAUAUAAUACAAGACAAUUCGUUGGAAAUUCAGGUAACGGCGCCAAACAAAAAUCGCCUUUAUCAGUAUGCCAUCGAACAUGGAAUAAAUCCCAAAGAAUUUUCAAUCAUUACAGAGGCUGAGAAAAAUAGGUGGGCCAUGGGGUGUUUUCGUGGGGAUUUGGAAAGAGAUAUUGUUUCUAUCGUGGUGGAAUAG